UUCAAAACGUAUGUCUAUCCCGAAGAAAAUUGUGUUUAUUAUUUCCCCAAAUGCAUUUAGGCCAGAUAAUUGAUUUGUAUUGAUAAAACUGUUUUGUGGUCACGUGUCAAAACAUUCUACGGAUAACCCCUAAAUGUGACAGUAACAGGAAUCUUACCAAACGCAUAGAAUUUGGCGUUGAUAGGUCCUGAUUUUUGACAGUCUUACAUUUGGUAGUACUUGUGAUGACGGUAUAAAUGUCAAGUUAUCUUAUAUGUUGUUAUUUGUGUGUCGGUUGCCGUUGCCGGCAUUGUCAGGUGAUUGUCAGUUUGUCAGCCAAUCCGACACUAAUAAGCACCAACAUUUUGUUUACAAUACAUAUACGAGAUUGAGUUAUUUUUAUCCACAUUUAUCAUAUUAUCUGUUAAAGCUUAUAAUUAUAUAGGUUGUUCAAUCUGCAGUAUUCAUACUGGUUUCUUGCGUGUUCAUUUGCCAGCUUCAUAUAGGUAAAAAAUGUCUUAUAAAGAUCAGUCUUACCCAGAGGAGCAUCCAAAGAAUUUGAUACCAGAACUAUGUAGGCAAUUCUAUCAUCUGGGUUGGGUAACAGGAACUGGUGGUGGUAUAAGUAUAAAACAUGGGGAUAAAAUCUAUAUUGCCCCAUCUGCAGUGCAAAAGGAACGCAUUCAUUCAUCCGAUAUGUUUGUACAAACCAUUGAGGGAGAUGAUUUAGAGCUGCCUCCUCCAGAAAAGAAGUUGAAAAAGAGUCAAUGUACACCACUAUUCAUGUGUGCUUAUACAAUGAGGAAUGCUGGUGCAGUUAUUCAUACUCAUUCAAAGGCUGCUGUUAUAGCAACAUUGUUAUUUCCAGGUAAAGAAUUCAAAUGUACGCAUUUGGAAAUGAUCAAGGGAAUAAAAAAUCAACAAACUGGAAAAAACUUCAGGUAUGAUGAAGAAUUGGUUGUUCCUAUUAUAGAAAAUACACCAUUUGAGGAAGAUCUGAAAGACAGGCUUGCUGAGACCAUUAGACAAUAUCCACAUACCUGUGCAGUGCUUGUCAGAAGACAUGGGGUAAUGUUACAAACUUCUGAUUGCAUACGCGUCAUCUGUUUUACUGCAUUUUGAAACCAUUAGCUUUCACGUAUAUGUAUGGGGAGAUACGUGGCAACAAGCAAAAACUAUGACUGAAUGCUAUGACUAUCUGUUCGAUAUAGUUGUUCAAAUGAAACAGCAUGGACUAGAUCCCAGCUUGACUCCAGAGCAAUAUGAACUGAAAACUCAAAAUGGGAAAUGAUCUAAUGAUACAGUGUAUAUGGAUAAAAGAAAAAAUAAAUAUUUGGUGCCAUUUUAAUGUAACUAUAAAUAUAGCCUUUAAGAAUUCACAUACAGUAAAUAUUUUUAGUACAGUACUCGUCGAAUGUUGUCUCCUCCAGUGUUCGUGGAUUAUUGGAAUUCACUUUUGACUUUUGAUAACCCCACAAAAAUAAUCGCAUGGCGUGAGGUUGGGUGACCUAGGAGGCCAGUGAAUGUUUCCAAACUUCGAUAAAGCAUUUUGAGGAAAAAGUGCUUUCACCGAGUCCAUUCGAUUCUCUGGAAGUAUGGGCAGUGGCCCCAUCCUGUUAAACCAAUGUGUUUCUGUUAAAUCGACGUUCUGUUCUUACAUUAGGAGGAUUUGCAAUGACCGAAUCACUUACUCGCCGCACAUUUUCUUCGGUUGAUUCAGUGGGUGUGGGGCCAGGAAUGGGUUGACUAAGAAAA